AUUCGUUAUUUUUUUUAUUUUGUAUCUUUUUUUCCCAUUGCUCUGCUUCGUUCUCGCUCUUCUCGCCGUUGUUCCUCUCCCCCCCCUGACCUGCAACCCAUGUCGUCGCCGUCUGGUCAAGCAGCAGCAGCAGCAGCCACCACCAGCAGUGGCAGUGGCACGCUGCACCCGCACAUGUCGCAAGACCACGACGCGCUGAUUGAAGAGACGCUUCGACGCCUGCAGCUCGAGAACCAGCAUCUCCGCGAGCAGCUCGAUCUCAAGCAGGCCGCCGUGGCUGCCAACCUCGGUGCUGUCAAUGCACUCGGCAGCGAAGUCUCAGCGCGGCUCGACGAAGUCAAACUCACAGGUCCAGCGGACAGGUCGACCGUGCAACCCCCGUCGGCUGGCGAGGUCGUUCGUGGCCUGCUCGAGGGCGGCCAAGGAGGCGCCAAUAGCGACUUGUCGUUUGAUUUUGGCCUCGAUCUCGACGAGAGCAGCCUCGAGUCCAUCGAACACGCUCGCGCUGGCGGUCUGCUCGGCGCCGGAGGCGUGCCUGGUCUCGCCGACGCCGAGAGGGUCCUUGACGACGAAGAAGAGGACGAGGAGUCUGACGACGAGUACGAGGAGGAGGAGGUCUCCUUGGCGAGCUCGACAGACACGAUUCCGCCGGCCCAGCUCGCCGACUCCAACUCGAGCAGUUCGCGUCUCGAACGCGAGCCGGGGCUCCAGAGCGUCAACUUUUCCAGCUUUUUGAACAACCCCGAGAUUCUGUCGGGCUUGGUGGACCGCUUCCGCCGUGGCUUCCGUGCGGACGACGGCAAGGACAGCGCGAUUGCACCCGCCAGCAGCGUCUUCACUGGCCAACAGGUGAUUGACUGGCUCGUCCGCACCGUGCUCAUCACUCGCCGCCGCGCUUUGGCUGUCGGCCAGUCCAUGAUUGACCAGGGCAUUAUCGAGCAGCUGGACAAGUCGGGCAAGCGGGUGCAGAGCAAGGACUCGCGCUUUUACGACGACCGCACCCUGUACCGCUACAAGAACGACGACGCCGACUUUGAAUUCCUCGAAAUCAAGCUGGAGCACACCUUUGUGCGAAAGGACAAGAGCAAACCCGUGGUGUGCGACGUCUGCCGCACGCGCAUCUGGACUGGCGCCAUGCUGGUGUGCGAGAGCUGCAAGCUUCGCUGCCACAAGAACUGCGAAGGGCGAGUCACGUCGAUUUGCUCCCGAUCCGAGUCGGGCGUCGCGCGUCCGCUCCCAGAAGAGGAGCACGGCGCGGCGGCGGCUGCAGCUGCUGCCGAUCUCGAGGAGGACUCGAGCAUGGUGGUUGACGAGAAGGAAUUCAACCCCAUCAUCAUCCCGAACUCGGCUGUGCGCGCCGUCGAGCCCGUGUCGGCCGGCGGAAACAAGUACGCCAUCACCCUUCCGCAAGACUGCACGCCCGUCAUUGUGUUUGUCAACCGCAAGUCUGGCGGCCAGGAGGGUGGCCGGCUCAUUUCCAUCCUGCAGCGUCGCUUGCACGAAUGCCAGAUCUGGGACUUGGGCCAGGGCGGGCCGCGCCCCGGCUUGUUGCAGUUCCGCGAAAUUGCCCACAAGGUGCUGGUCUGCGGUGGCGACGGCACCGUGGGCUGGGUGCUCUCGGAAAUGGACAAGAUUGACUAUGCGCCUUUGCAGCAGCCUCCAGUGGCCAUUCUUCCAAUGGGCACUGGCAACGACUUGUCUCGUGUUCUGGGCUGGGGUCCCGGAGGCGGCGCUCGGACGAUGGGUUAUUUGUCCAAAAAGCUCUUCCAGAUGGUCCACUCGGAGAUUGUUCUGCUGGACCGCUGGUCGGUGGCCAUCCACGACGUUGAACGCAACAAGAACCUGCUCGUCAUGAACAACUACCUCUCCGUCGGUGUGGACGCCAAGAUUGCCCUCAAGUUCCACCACGCUCGCGAAGAGUCGCCCGAGCGGUUUAAGAGCAAAAACUUGAACAAGCUCUGGUAUGUGACGUAUGCCGCCAAGGCCAUGCUCGGCUCCUCGUUGCCCGUGUGCGACAUGGUCUCGCUGGAGGUGGACGGCAAGCCCGUCGUCAUCCAGCGAGACAUUGAGGCAGUGAUUCUGCUCAACAUUCCCAGCUACAUGGCUGGCACGGAUCUCUGGGGCAAGAAGGCGGCGCCCUUCGUCGACCAAACCUUUAGCGACGGCCUGCUCGAGGUGGUCGGCAUCACGGGUGUCUCUCACAUGGGCCGCAUUCAAGCCAAGGUCUCAACCGGCCGUCGUCUCGCCCAGGGCUCGCACGUGCGCUUCACCCUCACCCACGAAAUUGCCGCCCAGAUUGACGGCGAGCCAUGGCUGCAAAAGCCUGGUGUCAUUGACAUUCGCCUGCUCAACCAAGCGCGCAUGCUUCGCUUCAACAAGAAGGAGCGCUUCCAUCCCGACUUUGUCACCAUCAAUCUCACGCCGCAAGAGCUCGAGGUCAUUGCUUCCGAUUUCGUGCAGGGCGUGCCCACCUACUUCCGCAAGGUUCACCACGUCGGGCGCAAGGCGUACGUCUUCCUCGGCUCGGAGGGUGUGGACUGGCUCAUGUUUUACAUGAAGACCGACGACCGCAGCAAGGCGUGGAAAGUCGGCCAGCUCCUCAUGGAGGCUGGCGUGUUUGAGCACACUGGUCACCACCGUCAAUUCCGCGACCAGAAUGUCUACUACAAGUUUGCCGAAAACCGCGUGCCGCUGGUGACUGGCCACGACGGCUCAACCCCCACCUCGCCCCUGCAGGCCUUGGUUGCCGGUCAUCAUCGCGGGUCGGCAUCGGCUGCUGGAGGUGUGCCCAGCGGCAGCGGCGCUGCAGCAGCAGCAGCAGCAGCUGGCGUCACGGCAGAAUCGAGCGCGUCCGCAUCGACGUCUGCGCCCGUGUCUGCGUCUGCGUCAGCGUCAGCCAGCAGCUUCUUUGAGCCACCAGAGUCGAGCACGGCCAUGCUGCAGCUCACUUCGUUGACGGUCAACUCGCUCUCAAUCACCGACAUUGGCGACUUUUUGCGGGAGGCCGUUGCCAGUCUGCCUGCUGCCGACCGCGCAUUGGCUGUCCAGUUUGUCGACGAAGGGUCGUCUGCCGAUCUCUCGCCCAUCGCCCAACGUGACCGCCGUCGACUGCUGGCCAUGGCUGCCGAGCUCAACCCGGACUUGCGCGCCAAGCUGGAAGCACGGCUGACGGGCCAUUUUGGCCUGGAGACUGCCGAGGCACCCAGCUAUUCGUCCAAGAUUGCGUCCUACUCGACGGCCAGCGCAUCCGCAUCAUUCCACGAGGACAAGCCGGAAAACUUUUUGGCCCAUCUCAAAGUGUUUGUCGUUGAAGCCAAAGAGCUGCGUGCCCUCGACUCCAACUGCGAUGCCUACCUCGUGUGCGACUGCGAAAAGGAGACGUUCAAGUCGCGCGUCGUGCGCCGCACCACCAACCCUGCCUUUGGCGAAGAAUUCCACUUUAUCAUCUCGCGCUCCAACUCGAUGCUGAACUUUGCCGUGUACGACCACAACCGAUCUGCCCAGGUCAUGGCUGUUGACGAGGCAUUCCUUGGCCGUCUGAAGGUUCCGAUCUCGUCGCUCGAGCCCGGUGUUGUGGACAAGUGGUUCCAUCUGCUGCCCAAGAAGGACAAGCACGUCGGCAUCCGUCCGAAGGGCUCCAUCCACCUGAUUAUGGAAUAUACCCCGUUGCUGGGCACGGUGGACUCUGGCAUGUCGCUGGGCCCCGAGCCGUUCGUGCCGCCGGGCGAGCCUGUCGGAGGAUUUAAGAGUGUGAUUGCGCGUGUGAGCGAGGCCAACCACGUUUCCUGCGCCUUCAACAACAUUUACCAUCCGCUUGCUGAAAACGAGCACGAGCAAGCGCUCUUGCGCAUGACGUCUGGCAAGAACAAGGCCGACGACGACAUUCUCCCCGAAUUCGAGCUUGUCUCGUCGGUGGCCAUGGCCGAAGGCUUGUUUGAGUACUUUAGCGCCCCCAUGCGCAGCGAAGACGUCGACGUCUAUGUCCAGCGCGACCAGCGCGUCAUCUCCGACGAGUGGAUGCACAUUGGUACCUUCCGAACGGACAUGGCGGGCCGUGUCUUUGUGCCCAUGCCAAAGUGGGUGCACUCGACGGUCGCCCACUACCGCAUUCGCAUGGUGGCCCUGCACGACCACUCGAUUGCUGCUGGCUCGCUCUACGUCGUUCCCAAGGGCACGGCGUGCAUUGUCUAUGACAUUGACGGAACCCUGACCAUUGGCGACCAGGAAGUGGUGCAGCAGGCAGUCAAGGAUGCCGUCAACGUCAGCUACGACCUCAAGCUGCGCAAGGGCGCGCUGUCCCUCGUUCGCAUGUGGUUUGCCAAGGGCUACAUGCCCGUUUACCUCAGCGGCCGUGCUGGCUCCUUUUACAAUCUGACGCGCGACUGGCUGAUUCGACACGGGUUCCCGCCUGGCCCCAUUUUGCACACCCGCUCGCAUCUGCCCACCGUCCCUCUGUACCCAUCCGUGGGCGUCUUCAAGCGGGACUGGAUUUCCCACCUCAAGGCCAUCGGACUCGAUGUUGUGGCAGCGUACGGCAACACUGAGACGGAUAUCCGCGCUUACGGCGAGUUUGGCCUUCCCCGCAACCGCAUUCUCAUUGUUGGUCCCCAUGCUGGCAACGGUGGCUCGGUCAACUGCGGCCGGUCCAACUUCAAGGACCAUCUUCAAGAUGUUGUUCACUUCCCCGAGGCCGCCAUUCCUGUUCCUCGCGAGUCCAUGGAUUGGUGAAAGGAAGCGGGGCUUUUUUUUUUUUUUUCAUUUGCUUGUCUUUGGUUUUUCUUCGUUUUGUGUUUUUGCAAAUUGGAUCAUCUACUUGAUCAUUUGGGCUCCUCCUUCUCUUUUGCGUUGUGCGUGUGUGUGUG